ACACACACACACACAUACACACACACGCACGCACACCCUCACGCACUCGCAUGCAUCAUGAGGCUGCUGCCGCUGGUGGUCUCGGUGGUCUCAGCGCUCUCUCUGGCUUACUACGUUUACAUCCCGCUGCCUGAUGCCAUCCAGGAGCCCUGGAAGUUGAUGCUGUUGGACGCUAGUUUCAGGGCGACGUUCCACUUGGCUGUUCUGAAGCAGUGGCUCGGCUUGGACCACUACAUCAAGUCUAUCAGGCAGUCCACGGAGUUCCUGAGCUCCGAGUCCAGCGGAGGGGUCAUCCCAGGGGUGAAGAUCAGGGACAUCACCUUCGACGGCGUCGCAGUGAGACUUUAUGAACCCCCGGCUGGAGGAGAGGGUCAUCUGAGGAGAGGCCUGUUGUAUUUACACGGAGGAGGCUGGGCCCUGGGCAGUUCCAAGAGAGGGACGUAUGAUCAAAUCAACCGGAUGGUUUCGGACGAGCUCAACACUGUUGUGGUCGCCGUUGAGUACCGCCUGUAUCCAGAGGUGCACUUCCCGGUGCCGUAUCUGGACUGCCUCGCUGCUGCCAAACACUUCUUGUCUCCAGAGGUUCUGAGCAAGUAUGCGAUCGACCCUGAGCGCGUGGCUGUGGCAGGAGACAGUGCUGGAGGAAACCUGGCUGCCGCGGUAGCUCAGGAGAUCUCCACAGACGACGGCGUGAGUGUGAAAUUCAGCGUGCAGGCUCUGAUCUACCCGGUGCUCCAGGCCCUGGACUUCAACACGCCAUCUUACCUGCAGAACCAGCAAAUGCCCGUUCUGUCCCGGAACCUCAUGGUCCAGUUCUGGCUGCAGUACCUCAACGCUGACCUUUCUCUGCAGCCGCAGCUGCUGGCGAACAACCACAGUGCCUUACACCGCUCCACUAUCACCCCGGAGCUGAGGUCGCGGGUCGACUGGAGCGUCCUGCUGCAGCAGAAAUACAAGAAGGACCACCAGCCCGUCGUCGUGGAGAAGGGAGCGCACGGAAUCGUGAAGGACGUGCCGGCGCUGCUGGACGUCCGGGCGGCGCCGCUGCUGGCCAGUUCGGAAGUGUUGGCCAAAAGCCCGCGUUCGUACGUCCUCACGUGCGAGUACGACGUGUUGAGGGACGACGGGCUGAUGUACGCUCGCCGCCUGAGAGACGCGGGAGUCACGGUCACCAGCGAGCACUACGAGGACGGCUUCCACGGAUGUUUCAGCUUUGUAGCCUGGCCGAUAGAAUUUGAAGUAGGAAAGAGGGCAGUCAGGGGCUACCUCGACUGGCUGCAGAAAAACUUGUAGGUGUGUGAGUGUGUGUGUGGGUGUGGGUGUGUAACUGAUUUAUAUGAAUGCACUAGCCCUCUGCUUUAAAUGAUUGACUUACCAAAGGGCUCGUAAAUGUGCUAUCUGGGCUCAGGGCUCUCAUGAACCUGCAUACAUGUGAAGUUUUUAUAAUCAUUUCAAGCAGUUUACAGUCUGCUGGCAAACAUCAGCAUCACUAACACUGUGACCAACUAAUUAAGAGACUUAAUAAAUACAUAAAAUGGUUUUACAGCCGCAAGCCUCUAUUAGAAAAUAAAUCAGCCAUUUCCACUGGGAGAUACCGUGUUGGUACAGUCAUACAUAAUAUCCAUAACACAAACACACAAGCAAUAAAUGUUCUAAGAGGAAUACAUUUUAUACUUUUGGAAAAACAACAAGUUGGAGCCCUCAGGCAGCAGAGUGUGUCGUUUCAGCUAAGUUUGAUGUGUGAUUCUGCUGCUAUUUCAACAUUUCUCCCCUAAUUUGUGCCCCCUAAAUUUUUUCAGUAUACAGUGGGACUAACUUUCAGAUGUAUUCUGUUUUUUUCAAAGAGGAUAAAAGUUUCCAUUUGGGUAUGAAUGAUUUUUUUUCUGUUUAAAAGGAAAGUUUUCCACAAAAAUCUGAGUGAAUCCAAAAAAAUGUAUGAAACUUCCCCUUUGUGGGUGAGUGGUGGUGACCCACGAUACAGUAUUCACCCCAGAAAUAUUCUGUGAGGUCAUGCUGCCACACACACAUUAACCUCAACGAUCGACUACUUCUAUCACCAGCAUCAUGAAUAACCCUCGACUCCACUGAAUAAUGAAAGACUUGUUUACAUGUAAAUCAGUUAAAAUUUUUAUUUGCAAUUAAUGUGAAAAAGUAGGAAUGGUAUUUUGUGGAGCUCUGUGAUGAGCUAAAUAUCGAGCAAAGGGCAGUGUACACACCGGUCAAGUCAACAGUGCCUCACAAGACAGAGACCGUCACACACAUGAAUUCACACAUAUGGCCAGACACCUAACAAGCAAGCAAGGCAGAGAGAGAACAUGCAAACUAAGCUGGCUCGGGAUCAAACUCAGAAAACCCUUCUCACUAUGAAUUGAGAGCACUUAACCAGCUUGACCUGAUUUCAUCUCUUCAACGUUCACGUUCCUCAAUUGAGGGUCAAUUCAAUUAAAUUGGUUCUGGGCAUUAAAGAGUCUUUGAUCCAUCGCCAUGCCGAAUGAGACCUCCCACCAGGAGGGUAACUCAAAAAGAAAACGUAAUUAAUACAACAGAAAAUGAGGCAUUGA